UUUUUCUAAGCAAUGAGUCUGGACCUUUAAUUUUUCAACUUUUGAGAUAAAUUCAUUAUCAACCAUAAAUCUUUCAUCCAUAUAGCCUUGAAGAGCCCUCCAGGAAAAAUAAAAGAUGUUGGCAAGCAUAAAGAGGGUGAAUUCAAAGCCUUUUAGGAUAUUUAGACAGUAUGCUUCUAGCUCCAAGGCUACAAAUGAAAACACCGCCAUCGAAAUGACGACACUUAACAAUGGUGUAAGAAUCGUUACCGAUUCUACUCCUGGUCAUUUCAGUGCUUUAGGUGUAUAUGUUGAUGCGGGAUCUAGAUAUGAACUGCCAAGCAGACCUGGGUUAUCUCAUAUAUGUGAUAGAAUGGCAUGGAAAUCAACUGAAAAGUAUAGUGGAGUUGAAAUGUUACAAAACUUAUCAAAACUUGGAGGUAAUUAUAUGUGUGCAGCUCAAAGAGAAUCCAUGAUUUAUCAAGCUUCUGUGUUCAAUAAAGAUGUGGAUAAGAUGUUUGAUAUGAUAAGUCAAACUGUUCGUUAUCCAAAGUUCACCGAUCAAGAAUUAUUAGAAACAUUACAAACUGCAGACUAUGAAGUGAAUGAAUUAUCUCAUAAACAUGAAAUGCUAUUACCAGAAGUCUUGCAUGCUGCUGCUUAUAAGAACAAUACAUUAGGUUUACCGUUGUUCUGUCCUCCAGAAAGAAUUCCUGAAAUCACAAAAGCAGAUGUAAUUAAAUAUCACCAACAAUAUUUCCAACCUCAAAAUCUUGUAAUGGCCAUGGUUGGUGUAUCACAUAAUAAGGCAGUGGAACUUGCUCAAUCUCAUUUUGGUGAUUGGAAAGGAUUAGUCGACAGUAAACCUGAUUUAGGUGUUGUCAACUAUACUGGUGGUGAGAUUGCAUUACCUUAUCAAGCCCCAUUAUACAGCAAUUUACCAGAACUUUAUCAUAUGCAAAUUGGAUUCGAAACAACCGGAUUAUUAAGUGACGAUUUAUAUGCCUUAGCUACUUUACAAAAAUUACUUGGUGGUGGUUCUUCUUUUUCGGCUGGUGGUCCAGGUAAAGGUAUGUUCUCAAGAUUAUAUACUAGAGUGUUGAAUCAAUAUGCAUUCGUUGAAAAUUGUAUGAGUUUCAAUCAUUCAUAUGUCGAUUCCGGAUUAUUUGGUGUAACUAUUUCUUGUUCUCCAAAUGCUGCUCAUGUCAUGUCUCAAAUCAUAUGUUUUGAAUUAUCUAAAUUGCUUGAAAGGGAUCCAAAGAAUGGUGGUUUAACUGAAUCAGAAGUUAAAAGAGCUAAAAAUCAAUUAAUCAGUGCUUUGUUGAUGAAUGUUGAAAGUAGGUUAGCCAAAUUAGAAGACUUAGGUAGACAAAUACAAUGUCAAGGUAAAGUCACCAGUAUAGACUAUAUGAUCAAUAAGAUUGAAAAUCUUACUGUUCAAGAUUUAAGAAAUGUUGCUGAAAAGGUACUUACCGGAAAUGUUGUUACAACAGGUAUAAGUUCUGGUACACCAUCAGUGGUUAUGCAAGGUAAUAGAGAAGCAUUUGGUGAUGUGGAGUACAUUCUUCGUCAUUUUGGAUUAGGUAAAUUUACCGGUCCUGAAUUAACAGAACCAAGAGAUUUUUCAGCCACUGUUAAACAAGAAAAGAAAUCUAGAAAAUGGUUUUAAACCCUUACUGUACUACAUGUAAUAUUCCUGUAUAUAUAUAA